GGAAAGUCCAAGGUAAACUUGUGCGCCUACAAGGAUUUGACAAAAACUGUCAACGUUUUCCUGGGUGUGUCCCUUUUGCCAAAGCUCCUCUUGGACCCCUGAGAUUUACUCCACCACAACCUGCAGAGCCCUGGGACUAUGUGAAGAGCACCACUCUUACCCACCCAUGUGUUCCCAGGACCCAGUUUCUGGACAAUUACUCUCUGAUCUUUUUACCAACCGGGAAGAAAAAGUUGCCUUGAAAUAUCCGAAGACUGUUUAUAUCUAAACAUUUAUACCCCUGCUGACCUAUCAAAGAAGGCCAAGUUACUGUGAUGGUGUGGAUCCAUGGAGGAGGUCUUUUGGUGGGUGCUGCAUCAACCUAUGAUGGGCUGGCCCUCUCAGCCCUUGAGAAUGUUGUAGUGGUGGCCAUUCAGUAUCGCCUGGGAAUCUUUGGCUUCUAUAGCACUGGAGAUGAACAUGCCCGGGGUAACUGGGGUUACUUAGAUCAAGUGGCUGCACUCCAAUGGGUCCAGAAGAAUAUUGCCAAUUUUGGAGGAGACCCAGGCUCAGUGACCAUCUUUGGAGAGUCAGCAGGAGGUGUCAGUGUUUCAGCAUUGGUUUUAUCUCCUUUGACCAAGAACCUUUUCCACCGUGCUAUUUCUGAGAGUGGAGUUGUCUUCACAGAGUGUUUGUACAAUUCCAGCUCAGCAGCAACAACUGAGAAAAUUACCACUUUUGCUGGGUGCAAAACAGUCACUUCAGCCAGCAUGGUUCAUUGUAUGCGACAGAAAUCAGAGGAGCAACUCCUGGAUGUAGGUCUGAGGCUGGGAUUAUUUGGCCUGGAUUUUCUGGGAGACCCGUUGGAGAAAAUUUCUUUCGUAACUGGAGUCAUUGAUGGAGUAUUUUUCCCUAAAAGUCCUGAAGAGCUCCUGGCUGAAAAGAAGUUCAAUCAUGUUCCCUAUAUCGUGGGAAUCAACAAUCAUGAAUUUGGCUGGAUUCUUCCAACUUUGAUGGAGUUCCCUUUCUCAGAAGGCAUACCAGACCAAGAAACAGCAACAGCACUAUUAUGGAGCUCCUAUCCACUUGUUAAAAUCCCCAAAGACCUUACUCCUAUUUUAAUUGAUGAAUGUAUUGGAAUGACAAAUAAUCCUAUAAAAAGGAAAGAACUGUUUGAAGACUUGAUGGCAGACUUGAUCUUUGGAAUUCCAUCUGUGAGGUUGGCUCGGCUUCACAUGGCAUCAGGUGCACCCACGUAUAUGUAUGAAUUUCAACACCGGCCAAGCUUCUCAAACAACCUGAAACCAGAAACAGUGAAGGCAGACCAUGGGGAUGAAAUUUUCUCUGUCUUUGGGGCUCCAUUUUUGAAAGGGGGCUCACCAGAGGAAGAAAAGAAACUUAGCAGGACUGUGAUGAAAUACUGGGCCAACUUUGCUCGGAAUGGAAACCCUAAUGGAGAAGGACUGCCAAGGUGGCCUGGCUAUAAUCAGAAUGAAGAAUACCUCCAAAUUAACAUCAGCCUCAAAACAGGCAAAAACCUAAAGGGGAAAGAAGUGGAAUUUUGGACUGAACUCAUGUCAAAGGAGCCAGCUGUGGUGAAGAGAGAACACAUUGAGCUUUAAUCUGGUGAGGUCUGUCAUAAUAUACUAAAGAAGCCUCAGUAGACCUCAAUGGCAAAAGUGUUUGGUUUUACUUGGCAUGGAUGCCUGGCCCUUUGGUGGUCAGACAGCUUCUCAGCAUGGAGGUGCAGGGAAAAAAGAGACAGAAAUAAUCAUGUACCAGCCUGAUGAAGGGAAAGGGGGCACAAUUAAUCACUGGGGGCCAUGAGGAGGCUGAUUAUUUUUUCCUCCAAAUGAUUUUGGUGGGUGAGCCUGACUGGGUUGUAAUAAAUAAAAUCCAAUUUUCUUGGAA